AACAAAAUCAGACAAGCUCAGAGGAGGGAAGGAGAGUUAGCCCAGAGCACAGGGCUGCUGCAGCGACUGACACUAGUACUCGUGGUCAGGAUCGGGUCUGUGUGCAGCUGCAGCAGCUGAACACAAAGUGGACAUCACUUGACACCAUGAUGACGACUAAGAGACUAGACAAUUUUGAGGUGGCUUGUGAGUGGGCUUCAUGCACCUUCAAGGGCCGCACCAUGGAGGAGCUGAGUGACCAUAUGUCACUGCAUUUAAAGGACUACCUGGGAGACAAAGAUGCCCUGGAGGAGCUGGAUGAGUAUGCUUGUCUCUGGAACGGAUGUGAGUUUCUAUCUAUGGGUAGUCCUGCGGAACUGGAGGUCCACGCUUACUUCCACAACUACCACGGUAAGCUCAAGUUUGUCGGGUCACAGCUGCUCAAGUCCCGUCCUGACCUGCCCAGCUGCAACCAAGGCUUACACAGCAACAACCUGGUUCCUGAAGGAUCAGAUGGAUAUGUUUGCCAGUGGGAGCACUGUGAUAGUACAUUUAACAAUCCUGAAUGGUUCUACCGACAUGUGGACAAUCAUGUUGAAAGUGCUGAGCCACAGUCAUUUUCACAACAGCAGCAGGCUCUCUUCUGCCAUUGGACAGGCUGUGACGCUUUCUUCAAGAUCAGGUAUCGUUUGAGAGAACACAUGCGGAGCCACACUCAGGAGAGACUUGUAGCCUGUCCUACAUGUGGCAGCAUGUUCUCCAGCAACACAAAGUUGUUUGACCACCUCCACAGGCAGGCCGAGCCAGUGGAGUCGCUGGUGUGUGAACAUUGUGGCAAAGCUUUUUCCAGUGAGAGACUUUUGAGGGAUCACGUUCGUCAGCAUGUGAAUCAGGUGAAGUGUCCCUUCUGUGACAUGACCUGCACCACUUUGGCAGCACUGAAGAUCCACAUCCGGUUCCGCCACUGUGAUGAGCGGCCAUUCCCAUGUGACUUCUGUGACAAAAGAUUUAAGAACCAACGCGAUCUACAAAAGCACACAGAGGUCCACAAUGAGGGCACAGUGUAUCACUGUACUGUGGAGGGUUGUGAUUACUCUUGUCACACAUUCCAAACUAUGAGCCACCACUUCAAGAGAGUACACGAGGUCGGGGGGAUGUCCAAAUAUAAAUGCCAUAUUUGUGAUAAGGUCUUCUCCUGGUGUUACACUCUCACACUUCAUCUUCGCAAAAAGCAUGAGCUGAAAUGGCCCUCUGGACAUUCACGCUUUAGAUACAGAAAGGAUGUAGAUGGCUUCCUAAAAGUAAACAUGGUACGAUUUGAGACUGUUGAGGUGACCAAGGAGAUCAUGAAGAACAUGGCCAAAAAGCCACAGAGCCUUCGGAAAAGUCCUCGGACCAGCAGCCGGAACAAGAGGGCUGCAGUCACGCCAGAGAGCGGCCGAAGCUCUCCUGCAGGAUCCUCCUCGCCCUCCUCCAGCUCCUCCUCCUCAUACUCCUCAGAGUUCUCUGGAGGUGAGGACGUUUCGUCGCAGCCCAGCCCCAGAGGCAGUGACUCUCCGGUCUACUGUGUGAUGAGCACCAUCCCUCACAUUGAGGACGAGCCUGGAGGAUUAUCUCAGGAGGACUGCGAUGGUAGUGGGACAUCUGGAGCCGUUCAGGCUCUGACAGAGGUUGCGAGGGGCCUUGGCAUGGACGUGGUUUGAUUGACAUUUGCACUGGGUGAAAUCACAGAUGUCCAGUGUAGGCUCUCGUGUAGCUGUUAUGCAAUGACAUUUUUUUGUCUUUUUUAGUAUAUUUGGCUGUGGAGCUCUCAGUGGAGAUAAUACUGGAACUAUUUUUUUCUAGCCAAAGCCUUGUCAUGCUCUCCAGUGUUUGUAGUGAUGAUACAUUGAGAUGGUUCUCUCUACACUGGUUCUAGGGGACCACACAUUCACCAUAGCAGCUCUUACUAACUCUAAUGCCUCAGCUUAGCUUUGUGACGUCUUGUGUUUAUGAGAUCGCCUGUUAAACAUGCAGUAGAUGACUCUUUCUGACAAAUUUUACAUGAAUGAGGCAACAGCACUACAAAGCAAGUUCAAAGAAAUGAUGUUCUUUACACACCAUGUUCCAUUUUCUGUGAUAAUUCCAUGAUAUUCUCCAACAGAGGAUUUAAGAGGACAUUAUUUUUUAUUGUAGCCUUGGAAUGUUGC